AUGAGUAUGAAUACGAACUUGGGCAUGAGCAUGAGCACUCUCCGACAAAAGCGACAGUCCUGCGAAGCCUGUCGAGCGAGAAAGCUACGAUGCUCCGGCGAGAGAAAUGGCUGCUCACGAUGUCGCAAUCUCUCUCUACAAUGUAAAUUCCAAGACAAAGGAGCUCCCGGCCGUCCAAGAAAGCGACCCCGACACGAGCAAUCAGAUCGCGAAUGCGAACGCGAAUUAGCCACGAGAGAACCCCAACCACGACCAAUCUCACCGAGCUGUUUCCAGCUCUCACCACCCAUCGUACACGACCCGAUGGAAUCAGCCCAAGUCGAAAGCAUGCUAAUGGGCAAUGGCGACUUCGGUCCACUCCCACUAGAAAUGUCCAACAGCUGCGGCCUGGGCUCAUCCUGCUCUCUCGAUUUCUCCGGCUCGCUAGAUUUCAGCACAUUUCCCAUCGGCCCAUUAUCCAAUUCCCACCUCGACCACCAUCACGAAGGUCUAUCAGAUAUGUCCCUAGCAACGACAACAACAGCUUGCAUCUCACCGCCCCUAUCACCGCAAUCUUGCCAAUGCGACGAGGAAGUCUCAGAUUCAGUCCGGGCUCUAAGUCGCGCAACAAUGUCACACAACAUCAUCCGCAAUCUGCGCGACGGAAUCGGACUCACGGAGAGACUACUCACAUGUCCAAUCUGCUACGACGUCUCCAAACCGCCUCGAAUAACAGUUCAAAACGUACUGUUAAUCGGCAGACUCAUGUUCGAGGUAACAUCGACGUAUGGGAAAUAUCUAAAAUGGCUCCGAACAUACUGCACCGACCUGGACGACAAAAGUAAAAGCGAGACAAUAUAUCUAAUCCCGGGACUGGAAAUCGGUUCCGAACUUGGGUUCAAGAUUGACGGGGCGCGAUUUCAUGAAUUUAUUACACAUGGGUUGCAGGCUGAUGCCGAUCGGCUUAUCUCUGUGGGCAAGCAGUUUGCGCAGAGACAGAAGAAUCGUCAUUCGGUUGGCCAUGAGACUUGUCCUGAUGUUGAGGGUCGGUGUCGGAGGGAGGAGUAUGGGCUUGAUCAUGAUCCGCUUGAUCUUUGUCCGCAAAAUGCUGCUUCGAGGAGGUUGACUCCUUGUUUUAGAAUUGUGGAUGAGGUGCAGUCUAUGAUUGAGCAGGUUGUUGAGUCGGUUUCUUGA